GUCAUCCAAAUGUGACGCAAACACCGCGAGAGUCUCGUGCCUGUCUUUAUAAAAAAAGAAAGAAAAGUAUAAUUGCUUCCUCAAAAAUGUAAACAGCUAGCUAACUUGGCAAGUCAGGCUACAAAGACACGCUGGGAUGGGUUCCAAUCCCCUGUGGUCAAAAUGGAAAAUAAAGGGACCGACGAGAUGGAGAAAUUGAAAACCAAGUUCAUGUCAGCGUGGCACAAUGUGAAGUACAGUUGGGCCUUGAAGACAAAGACUACAUUCAGCAGGAAUUCCCCAGUGUUUCUUCUGGGAAAAUGUUAUCAUUUCAAGAAUGAAGAGAAGGACGGCCGCAUGGAUGACAGUUCGGCAGCGCCGGAAGAGGACCUCAUCACGGGGAACGUGGAGGCGUUCCGCAGGGACUUUGCAUCCCGCCUCUGGCUGACGUACAGGGAGGAGUUCCCCGCCCUCCCUGGCUCCUCGCUGACAUCUGACUGCGGCUGGGGCUGCAUGCUCCGAGCGGGGCAGAUGAUGCUGGCCCAGGCCCUGGUUCUACAUUUCCUUGGGAGAGACUGGAGGUGGUCGGAGGCGUUGACCCUGCAGCCACUGGACACCGAAACGAGAACCACCAGCGCCGCAAAGCGUCUGGUGGCCUCCCUGGAAGCCUCUCUCCAGGGGGAGCGGGACCCAGGUCCCAAGCCCCGGCUCCAGGCCCCGGGCGGGGCAGAGGAGGCUGACGUCCACCUGAGGGAGGUGUACCACCGCACCCUGGUGAGCUGGUUCGGGGACGUCGCUGAAGCCCAGCUGGGGCUCCACAGGCUGGUGCGGCUGGGCCUGGGGCUGGGGAGGCAGGCUGGGGACUGGUACGGGCCCGCCGUGGUGGCACACAUCCUCAGGAAGGCUGUAGAGGAGGCCACAGAUCCUGGUCUGGCAGGAAUAACUGCUUACGUGGCACAGGACUGCUCAGUGUACAGUGCUGAUGUCCUGGACAGCCACAGGGUCUCCGGUCCACAGCACGCAGUCACGGGCGACGCCCCGCCCCUCACCAACAGCCGAGCCGUCAUCCUCCUCAUCCCAGUCCGUCUGGGAGGGGAGAAGACCAACCCAGAGUACUUCAACUUUGUCAAGGGCAUCCUGAGUCUGGAGUACUGCAUCGGCAUCAUCGGGGGCAAGCCCAAACAAGCCUGCUGCAUUGUGGGAUUUCAAGAUGACAGUCUGAUUUACAUGGACCCUCAUUACUGUCAGUGUUUUGUGGACGUCAGCAGCUCAAGCCCUUUCCCUGUUCAGUCUUUUCAUUGCCCGUCGCCAAAGAAGAUGCCUUUCAGCAAGAUGGAUCCCAGCUGCACCCUGGGUUUCUACUCCCGCAGUAUCCAUGACUACGAGAGGAUCAGCCAAGAGCUCGCCAAGGUACUGAAGCCAUCAGCGAAGGAGAAGUACCCAGCGUUCACCUUCAUGCCGGGCCACGGGAGAGACUACGACCUCUCUGCAGCCGUGACCCCAGAGAAGAGAGAGUGGCCUUUCAUCCGGGACACCAAGAGAACCACGGCCACCGCCGGAGACUUUGUUCUUCUCUGACGGACUGCGCAGAGGUCAAAGGUCACUGCCAAGGACUUCUGGUUUCCGGAAGGAUCGAAUGAAAAGGUCACUUUGCCAAACUGCAGGACGAGCCUCCACGACUGAGACAGUCACUCCUUAUAUACUGCGUUACUGUCUCUGAAUAACACUUACCCAACAACACUUAAAUCUGUUUAGUUCUUUUUUUGUUCCCCUGAUCAUGACUACCCACAAUUUAUGAUGCCUACUCUAGUACUGAAGCCCUUAAACACAGAUGUGAUUGUUUUUGACAUCCCCCUCUUUGGUGGAUUGGGACCACACAAGACACGGGUGUGUGUUUGUGUGGUGUGUUUAAACUGAUGUACUGGCGGAUUGUAAAUGGUACCAUGCUGCACUAUGUACAAUACAGAUUACGACAAUAUGGUGCCAGACUGAUCAUGUUUGCCUUCAUGUGAACUCCCAGCUGCUCCACAGGGAUGGGAGACUGAAGACGUGGUUCCCUACGAGCCUUUGAUACACUUUGUUAGUGUAUAGAAAUACUCACCUAUAGUAUGAAGAGAUGACUGGCUUCACUCACAGCUUUAGUUCCUGAGUAAGGAACGCUGGUCUGAGGUCGUACGACUUCUCACCUCAAGGUUUUACCCCACAGGAAGAUGCAUUUUCAAACGCUGUUUUAGUUAGGUGAAGUAUUUCGAUGCAGCAAGUGUUCAGAAGGUACUCUCUGUCCUGUUGGUUUAAAUAGUUUAAUUCUGUUCAGAUUCAUUUCAAAUUGUUUUAUUGGGAGUUAAGUUCAACCACACAGUAAAAUGUUUUUACCUCUAAAGCAAUUUGAUAGUUUACGAAACAGUGCACCUACAGACACAAGCUGCUGUAAAAAUAACUGAAUUAUAAAGUUGCAAAAAACAUUUACAAUUAUUUUUAACCGGUUCAUAACCAACUCUGGUCUGUCAAUGCACUAAAUUUCAUGUGUUGCCAAAUGUAUUCAAAGUAAAUCUUAAUGCAAGUGAUUGAUUCUCCCCCUGCUGUGCAGCAAACUUGAGUAAAGGCAUUAAACCUUUAAAUGUC